AAGCGAGGAUAUGCUCGAGAAUGAAAAGAACUUUGACGGAAAAUAAAAGGAAAGGAAAGAAAAGAAAAGAAAAAAAAAUAAUAAAGAAAAAGGAACGUAGAGAAGCACUUGGAGAAGAAGAAAAAUAUACCAGAGCUUUUAAGGAUGGGCCGAGUGGAAUUUCGUUUUUCAAAUGUCAAUGAAGGAACUCGCUUCGCGUUUGGAUAUGCUGACGUCAAAGCGUCGUACUCGAAAAUCGAUGCUAAAAAUACGAAAAAUUUUCCUUGAAAGAAAUCAAAGACUGAAAAAGAAUAAAACACAAUAAUGGAACACUUUCAAUUCAAUGAGAAAAAGAAUUCCAUAUAUCUGUAUUUUAAAACUCGAACAAGAAAAUAUGAUAUAUAAAUACGCGAAUCCUUUUUUCCUAUUUAGAUAGUAUAGCUAGGAACGAAUUUUAAAUUUCUUGUAUAAUUUUAAAUAUCUUUUGAAAGAAGGAAUAUGAAACGGACGCUUCGAAAAGCAUCCUGGAAUAUUUCUGUCCUAUCGCACGAUAAAUACCGAUACGGCUGCCUAGUCUCGUUAAAUUAAGUUCGAUGGAUCGAUAUUCGAUGGAUCGUAUCUACUACAAAUAGUUAAGUCCAUUCCGAUCGAUCUAGGCAAAUAUUUUGGACGUAAGGUAACAUCCGAUAAAAUUGUCAAGUCUGAAAACCUUUAAAAGGACUGAUACAACCCUUGAUCUUAUUCAUUCUAUUUUUUUCUUUUCUUAUUGUUUGUAGCAGAAAAAGAGGAAAGGUUGUAAUAACAACAGGUUUGAAGUUACGAUAAGAUAUCGUCCUCGCCACGGCACAAACGUUUAUCCUUGCACUUACUGGAACUAAAGAAGCGCGAGUGAAUAAACGAGUGAACGGGGAUAAAAGGAGGAAGAGAGAAGGUUCUUCGACGGUGAAGCACGUCACGGCGUUUAACCUAUCGUUCGUGCGAAUGUGCGAAGUAUACAUUGGGUGGCACUGCCACUUGGAGGUAGUAGUGGUAGUGAUGGUGGUGAUGGCGAUAAGAGGGGGUAGAGUAGCUUAGAGAAUAGAGUGGGGAUAGAUAGAAGCGCGAAACAGUGGCGCGAGAGUGAGCUUGGUACUGCGAUAGAGAACGAGUAAAAGAGAGAGAGAGAAAGAAAGAGAAGAAAGAGAGAAAAGAGAGAAAAGAGAGGAUAGAGAAAGGAAAGAGAGAGAAAAAGAAGAGGAAGGAGAGAGGAGAGAAAAAGAGAGAGAGAGAGAGGGGAUAAAAUAGCGUCGAGAGUGACGAGGGUAGCCGAAAGGGUAGGCAAGAGGAUAGAGAAGUAGUGGGGGAUGGAAAAGGGGCAAGAGGGUAGGAAAGGCCGGCCGGCCAGUCGUGCUGUGGCGGCAACUUGGAGAUCGUCGCUUAUCCGUACUCUUCCCUGAACGACGAUGUUUUCAAACAACGAUCCUUUGGUUCGUCCUAUCGACAAUUUUCGAGGACGGAUCGUCGAAAUCACGAGGGAUGAAACACCUCGAUGGACGGUCGAUGAGUCUCACCGAACAGCCACCCUCUUCUCUACUGUCGUCGUUUAGGAGGAGACAGGACAAGGAGAACAAGGAAAAAAAAGAGGAAGAGAGAGGAUAACGCGACGAGAAGAAAACAACGUCUCUCUGUCUUUUUAAAUCGAUCUUAUUUUCUCGCGAUCUUGGUUGCUGAUUCUCGAGUCCACGCCUACGUGAAAGAGUGAGAGAGAGAGAGAGAGAGAGAGAGAGAGAGAGAGAGAGAGCGAGAGAGAGAGCGAGAGAGACAGAGAUGGAGAGAAAGAGAGAGGGAUGAUCUCCGCGGAAGCUGCAGUUGCACGGCAAUUGCGCGAUUACUUUUCGCGACAGCUUGCUUGAUUCAGAGAGGAAGAAGAAUAGAGAGAGAGGGAGGAAGAGAAAGUGGGAGAAAGAAAGAAAUAGAAAUAAAAAAGGCAGGAAGAGGAGAGUAGCAACGUCGAAGAGGAAUGUGUGUCAGGACACUCGAUACUCGACGAUUCUCUCGUGACUGGACCAAGGAUAAGUUGGAGUGAGAGAAAAAGAAAGAUCGAUAUAUAUAUAUAUAUAUAUAUAUAAUUACAUAUAUUUAUAUAUAUAUAGUUACAUAUAUUUAUAUAUAUAUAUAUAUAUAUAUAUAUAUAUAUAUAAAUAUAUAGAGAUAUGUAUACACGUACAUUGCAUUGCGUCGUUCGGACGUUUGUUGGAGAAGAAGAAAAGGAGGAGAAAGAAAAGAAGAACGUUAGCUUCCCAGCUAUCGUCAGGACUAGCCGGAAAUUUGAAGGAUGAGAACCAGACCAAGAAAGAAAUAUCUCAACAGGAUAACAUCAAUUUGCGAGCUCCGAGAAGGAAACCGAUCGACGAUUAUCGAUCCUCGUUGUCUUGUCUCAUUCUCGCACCACCAUUUCCCUUUCUUCUGUUUUGAGCUUUUAAACUUCGAUCAAAAAAAAGAUUGAUCAGUCCGGAAUUGACGAUUGAUCUCAAAACCGCGAGUUUGCCGAGAAAUUAUUAUUAUUAUUAUUAGCAUUAUCAUCAUCAAUAUUAUUAUCAUCAUUACUAUUAUUAUUAUUAUCAUCCCAAGAAUUUACUCCUAGUCGAAUAAUUUCGUCAGGACGAAAAUUUCUUUAAACGAGAAAGAGGCGAGUACCAUUAAUACGGCGAGCACUGUAAGAAAAAAUUGUUCAGUAUACGUCCGUAGAAUUCGUUUAGGAUUCGAGUUGAGCUCGAAGUGGCUCGAGCACGUUGAGUUAGUAAAAUCCGAGUUUGAAGGAUCACAGGGAGCGUGACACGAAUUAGAACUCAUUUAGUAAAGUGUCGCUCAUUUGAAGAGGUCGUAUACUGAAAAGAAAAAGAGAAAGAAAGAGAGAGAGAGAGAGAGAAAGAAAAAGAGAGAGAAAGAGAAAGAGAGAGAAAGAGAGAAAGAGAGAGAGAGAGAGAAGAGAAAGAAACGAAAUCGUAAAAGGGCUUUGCAGUGAUCGAAUAUCAAGAGGAAAAGCAUCGGUAAAAGGACCACAACCAGAGAUCUUGCGAUGUUACUGUUUUUCGCUCAGACGAAAAGAAAUUAGGGUUGGGAGUUAAAAGCGAUAUUUGCGAUGAAGGGAACAGCGAAAAAGUCGUGGAAGGAAGCAUCGAAGGAGGAGGAAAGCACGCUAAAAGAGGAAGUGCUGAAACAUAUCGCGGAAAUUCGAAUCCAUUGCAGCGUAAAGGAGAGAGCAGGAAAAUAAAGGCUGGAGGUAAAAGGGAGAGAAAAAGAGAAAUAGGGAAGUGAAGGAAAGAAGAGAACGCCACUUCGCUGUUUCAAGGUUUCUGUCAAAGAAAACGGGUCGGUUCGUCGAGCUAUCCGAGAAAGCAACAUUUUUUGAUCAAUAUAUAUAUAUAUAUAUAUAUAUAUGCAUCUAUAUAUGUAUGUAUGUAUGUAUGUAUGUAUGUAUGUAUGUAUGUAUAUAAAAAGAUAAAGAAAGAAAAAGAGAGAGAAAGAGAGAGAGAAAGAGAGAGAGAAAAAAGAAAGGGAGGUCGGAAACGAAACUAAGCUAAGGAGAAACACAUUUUCUUGGUGAAUUGGAGAGAACCAUAUGACAUUGAACGGAUGGCCCGACUUUGGAUAAAAGUUCAACAUUUUUGCAAAAGUUUUAUUUGGAGGAAGAGGACGUAGUUUCGAGAAGUAAGAGUAGUGAUACAAAAAGAGGAAGGAAAGGACGGCUCCUUCUGAUUCUAGAGAAGAAAGAAGAAGUAGAAGAAAAAGCAAAAGUUCCGGCGACGACGAAAAUGCCGAGAUUGCUUGCAAAUUAGACGUCCGGAGUUGAAUGCUGGGAUCGUGAACAAGAACCUGAAUCAUCGAGAAAGAAAGUUGAGGAAAAUAUCGUAUCUCGAGUUUUUAGAAACAAGAAAGAUUUAGUUCUGUAUAGGGCUAGUUCGAAUGGCAAUUGAUCCAAUCGGUUUGUGAUCGAGAUCAAUAGAAAAUUUGUGGCAAACGAUGGUUCAACAGUGAUGGCGCUGUUUCAACAGCAAUCAAGUUUCAUGCUUGAAGCUUUUGAGAAGCGAUCGGCAAGUUAACAACGUCGUUCUUCGUCGAACGUAUCGGCUCCGCAUAUCCGGCUUUUAGAUGAAUAAUUUUGCGGACAACUUCCGCCAUGUGAUUGGAAACUUGGAUAUAGCUAAUGCAUCCACGACCUAUAUAAGCUUCAUACAUCAGAUUUGAAGUUUCACGAACAAGCUAUCUCUCGAUCAGAAUUUAUCGAUCGAUAACAACGUUUUAUAUUUAUUUAUUUAAUCAAUGGAAGAUGUUUAUAAUGAUCGACAAAUUAACAUUUUUCGAUAAAAGAUAAGAUAACGGAAGAACGUUUAAUUUUAAGUCAGUUGAGGCGGCAUCUUGCGUGAGUUUCGAUCUAUUUUAAAAGAAAAUCGACUGCGCAAUCUUGACGGAAGAGUACGAACUAACGAAUAAACAAGAUGAUCUCUAGUUCUGAUCGUUCUUUGCCUCCGCUUAGAAUGGAAGGAAAAUGUUUCAAGAUCGAUCGAAGGAUAUAAAUUCUUAGAAAAUUCAACGAAGAUUUCAAGAUACUCGACAUGUGUCUUUGAAGUGUCUCGCCUAACAACUUUUUGAACUUUUAUUCGAUAAGUGAAUAAACGAAGGAGAUGCCUACGAGUUAUAAAACGUGGAAAAGCCUAAAAACGUUGAAAAUAACAAUAAUGACCAUUAUGAAUGUUAGAAAAGUUAAAUGUUAAUCUUAAAAGAAAGCAACGAAUACAUAAUCGAUCGAAAGAAAAUAAGCUAAUCUAAAAGAUGCGAUCUUCAUUCGAUUCGGAAAAGUAGCGCUCGAUGUUUUCUUAUUCUCGUCAAAAUGAGACGCUCUUUAUUACACACGUUGGUCCUUUUGAUGACGCUUCAGCAGUUACCGUCGAUUAGUCGAUCUCGAAUACACAGUGAAAGGGAGUCCGUUUUGAUACCAGGCGAUAUCGUUCUCGGUGGUCUGUUUCCCGUCCACGAGAAAGGCGGUUCCGCUUGCGGACCAAACGUCUACAAUCGUGGCGUUCAACGACUCGAGGCGAUGCUCUUUGCGGUCGAUCAAAUCAACAGAGAGACCAGGAUAUUGCCGGACAUCAUGUUGGGUGUACACAUCCUGGACACUUGUGGAAGAGACACCUACGCUCUCAAUCAGAGUCUACACUUCGUUCGCGCUUCACUUUCAAAUUUGGAUAUAAGCGUGCUCGAGUGUGCAGAUCGAUCAACGCCCAGAGUAAAGAAGACAGCUAGUGCUGGACCGAUCUUUGGCGUCAUUGGUGGAUCCUACAGUUCUGUAUCGCUUCAGGUUGCCAAUCUGUUGCGCCUCUUUCACAUACCACAAAUAUCACCAGCAUCCACGGCCAAGGCUCUUAGUGACAAAACCAGAUUCGAUUAUUUUGCAAGGACAGUACCACCAGAUACAUUCCAGUCGAUUGCUUUGGUCGAUGUAGUGAAGAGCGCUAACUGGUCUUACGUAUCGACCGUCUAUUCAGAGGGUAGCUACGGCGAAUAUGGGAUCGAAGUGUUCACGCGUGAAGCAAUCGAGAGAAAUGUUUGCAUAGCAGCAGCAGUAAAGGUACCGAGUGCAGCAAACGACAAGAUCUUCGACGAUAUUAUUCAGAGAUUGAUAAAGAAGUCGAAUGCUCGAGCAGUAGUCCUCUUCACUCGAGCCGAAGAUGCGCGAGGAAUUCUCGAAGCAACGAGGAGAUCGAACCUCAGUCAACCAUUUCAGUGGUUAGCCAGCGAUGGUUGGGGCAGACAAAUAAAGCUCGUCGAAGGUUUAGAGGAAGAAGCCGAAGGAGCGAUUACCGUUGAACUUCAAUCAAAAAAUAUUCCAGAAUUCGACGAGUAUAUGGCAAACUUAACGCCAGAAAACAAUCAUAGAAAUCCUUGGUUCGCCGAAUAUUGGGAAGAAGUUUUUAGUUGUGAUUUAAAGAAAAACACUAAGUCUCAACAUCAGGCACAUACUACGAUUUCAUCAACAAAUGGUGCAAGGAAGAUUUGUAAUCCUGAAUUUAGAUUGACACCAAGCAGAGGAUACGAACAAGAAUCUAAAGUCCAAUUCGUUGUUGAUGCUGUUUAUGCGUUUGCAUUGGCUCUUCAUAAUCUUCAAAGUGAUCUCUGUGGUAAGAAAGGAGUCUGUCCUGCGAUGGCUAAUUACGAUCGCGGUGCUUUCUACAGGGAUUAUCUUUUGAACGUUUCCUUCAAAGACGCCGCAGGCAGCGAGGUGAAAUUCGACGAACACGGUGACGGUCUGGCAAGAUACGAAAUCCUGAAUUUCCGAAAGUCGAAUCUCAGCGGUACCGAUGGCUAUCAUUAUCGGGUCGUAGGCAAAUGGUACAACUCCUUGGAUAUUAAGACGGACGAGAUGGUAUGGGCACGAGGAACAAAAGACAUACCAAUCUCAGCAUGCUCUUUACCCUGCGAAUCAGGUAUGAUAAAGAAGCAACAGGGUGACACUUGUUGCUGGGUGUGCGAUCAGUGCGAAGAGUACGAGUUCGUGUAUGAUGAGUACACCUGCAUGGAUUGCGGGCCAGGCUUGUGGCCUCACGUAGACAAAAAAAGUUGCUACCAUUUACCGGUGAAGCAUAUCAAGUGGAGCAGCGCCUUUGCAAUAGCACCAGCUGUGAUUUCUUGUCUUGGGAUAUCAGCAACCUUGGCAGUGGCUUGUCUUCUCUUUCAACAUCGAGACACUCCAGUAGUUCGUGCUUCUGGACGAGAGUUGACCGUUGUUCUUUUAGCUGGCGUUUUGGUCUGCUAUUUGAAUACGUUUUUGUUACUGGUAACACCAACGACAGUUACCUGUGUCCUUCAAAGAUUUGGUGUAGGCGUGAGUUUCAGCGCCGUAUACGGUGCUCUUCUUACCAAGACCAAUCGUAUCGCCAGAAUAUUCGAUGCAGCUUCGAGAUCUGCAGUGAGACCUCGAUACAUCAGUCCAACCUCACAAGUUUGCAUAGCGGCCGCCUUGAUAGCAUUUCAAAUCGUCCUGACUCUUGUAUGGAUGGUCGUCGAGCCACCGGGCACGCGAUAUUAUUAUCCCGAUCGCAAACAGGUCAUAUUGAAAUGUAACAUUCAAGAUAUGAGCUUUCUCUUUUCUCAACUAUACAACGCUAUUCUGAUCCUCGUCUCCACCGUUUAUGCCGUAAAAACACGAAAGAUACCAGAAAACUUUAACGAAAGCAAAUUCAUUGGCUUCACUAUGUACACGACCUGUAUUAUCUGGCUUGGCUUUGUACCCAUUUAUUUCGGAACUGGAAACGCUCACGAGACCCAAAUCACGACGCUCUGUGUCGCUAUUAGUCUCAGCGCAUCGGUUACCCUCGUUUGUCUAUACGCACCCAAAGUCUACAUUAUCGUCUUCCAACCGGAUAAAAAUAUACGAGGCAAAACUUUCAUCAAGAGCAACACUUUAAAGAAACAGGGUAGCAGCGCUGGAACCUCUUCAGUCACGAAAUAUACUGCCUGCGAAUUAGUCAGCGAAAGUAUGCCUUUGCAAAGUGCACUCACAGCAGCCGUACAAACUUCGGUGGGCGUAACAGAAAUCUCGCUUGCACCAAACUCGUCUAGCAUGACAACUAAUAACGAACAGGUGGCUCAAUUGUAAAUCGAUUCGCCAAUUACUUUUACGUACUUCGACAUAUUCGAUAAAUUUGAGACAUAUUCGACGAGUGGAUAAGUGUAAAUUACUGAAGGAAAAAAAGAAAAAAUAAUAAUGCAAUAUUCCAUCGUAAAUUAAUUUCUUCGAUUAAGAAGAAAAUAAAAAAAACGACGAGAGAAAGUUUACGAGACUGUGUGAAUUAGAAAAAAGAAAAUAUAAAAAUAAAAAAAAAAAGAUAAAAAAAGACAAGAUACAAUAUCGAUCGAUGUUAUUUCAUUCGCGAAUUAUGUACAAAGUACAUAUUUCAUAAUAUACAAUAUUUCGAGAGUGUGUGUUGGAGUGCAAAUAUUAUACCUUUAUUGAGAUAAUGUUAAAACAAUAAUUUGCAUAAUUGAUUAACUUAACAGACGACGUUCGUACGAAUGCUUUGUUGUGUUUUGCGUCCUUAAUUCAUUAAUACUAUAUUUAUUAAUGUAUUACAAAACACAGUGUGUAUAUAUAUGUAUAUCAAGACCAUCGAUCAAUCAACCACGAUCAUUGUUGUCGUUAUUGUUACUGUUAACGUUAUCCAUGGUAUAUAUAUAUAUAUAUAUAUAUAUAUAUAUAUAUAUAUAUAUAUAUAUAUACGUACAUAUGUAUAAAAAGAUAGAUAUAUAUCUAUGUAUGUAAAAAGUGUGCAUCAAACGAUUGUGUUGUAUCACAAAAAAUUCAUAAAUAAGAAUAAUUAAUUUCGAAUAAUUCGCGAAAAAGACGAAUGAUUCAAUCAAACCGAUUUAGCGGACUUUCUUUAUGAAUAUAAGUAAACGAGGAAAUAAUGAACGAAACCAUCGUGUUUCGUUUUAUUCUUUAUAUUGUUUUAAAGAAAUUCUAUUAAAAUGUAACAUAAAAAUACGUGCUCGAAAGUUUCGUUCGAUCAUAUAGGUGAUAAAUUCAAUCUCAAGAUACUUUUUGGAACUAUCGGAAGACAGUGAAAUUCUGAUAGGAAAGAAAAGAAUGGUGUGAAAGUUCCUUUUUAAUUAAUUCGAAUGUUAUCGAUUUUACGAUAUGUUAGCAACAUUUUAGAAAUUUAAUCUACGUUAGAUAUACAUAUUCGAAUUAAAUAUUUAUUUAUUUACUUAUUUAUACUUCUUUGUACAGUCAUUUUUAUUUAUUUAUUUAUCUAUUUAGUAUUAUGAAAUAUUUGUAAUUUAUACUAUGAAAGAAAAAGAAAAAUAGAAGUUAUCGAAAAACGAGCAAUACAGAUCUCAAACGUUUUAGAUGAGAGAAAUAAAUAUUUAUUUUCAAAUGAUCUUGCAUCUGCAAGAUUUUCUCUCUCUCUCUCUCUCUCUCUCUCUCUCUCUCUCUCUCUCUCUCUCUUCAUUGAUCGUGCUCAUCCUUGUAUUAUAUUAAUCACAUUCAUAUAUUCUUCGAAACAAGUCGAACAAUUUUUCAAAUGAACGUAUGUAUUUACUCGUUCGUUUUAUACCUAAAUCGCUUCGCACAAUCGUUUAUAUUAAUUUUCACAUCUCGCUGCUAUAUCUGUAUAUUAGAAUUCUGCGAUCUUGUCAAUAAAAGAAAAGAGAAUGAAAAAAACAAACAAAAAUAGAAAAAAUAAAAUAAAAAGAGAAGAACAA